GCUCACUUAAUAUCGAUAUUUGGGCUUUCAUAUGACCCAAGCCCACUUUCACCUCAACCCGAAACACUCACUUCACAGUCACAUAUAUAACGCUCCUUUUGUUCUUCAGAAAACCCUAGUGCAAAUUGAUCUUCUGAAUCGUCGAAUUAGAAAUGGCUAAGUCCAAGAAUCACACCGCUCACAAUCAGUCUUACAAGGCCCACAAGAAUGGCAUCAAGAAGCCAAAGAGACAUCGCCACACUUCCACCAAAGGGAUGGAUCCCAAGUUUUUGAGGAACCAGAGGUAUGCAAGGAAGCACAACAAGAAAAAUGGGGAAGUUGCUUCUGAUGCAGAGUAAACUGUCAAUCUUUUAACGGCUUUUUAUUUGUAAUUUUAUCUAAGACUUUCUCUCUGAGAUCUAUAUGUUAUGUCAAAUCUAGAAUCUGAUAUUGUUUUGAAGUUGUUUUAAUUUAGAGAAAUUGCACUACUCUGUUAGCAUUUUUGUUGCCAUUUUGUUAAUGGCGGUUGAAGUUUUAUGAUGUGUUUCGAGAAACUUCUAUAGCAAUCCCAUAAUUUAGCUUUUUUGA